AGAGUCUCGCUCUGUCACCCAGGCUGGAGUGCAAUGGCGAGAUCUCGGCUCACCACAACCUCCACCUCCUGGGUUCAUGCGAUUCUCCUGCCUCAACCUCCUGAGUAGCUGGGAUUACAGGCAUGCGCCACCACACCCGGCUAAUUUUGUAUUUUUAGUAGAGAUGGGGUUUUUCCGUGUUGGUCAGGCUGGUCUCGAACUCCCGACCUCAGGUGAUCUGCCUGCCUUGACUUCCCAAAACGCUGGGAUUACAAGUGUGAGCAACCGCCCCCGGACACAGAAAACUUUUAAUACUGAUUUCUAGUAAAGCAACAGCAACAAUCAAAUUGAAUGAAUCAAAAUUCCGAAGGGUUUUUUUGGUUUGUUUUUGGUGGACAGGAAGUAGGAUUUAUUGGGGAGUAUUAAGAGGGGGCAGCACAGUGGAAGCCCUUACGAGGGCAGGGCACGCCACUUGUCCAGAGGGCCAUGAUGGGGAUGUACUUGACCCCACAGUCAUCUGCGAUGAGCCGCUUUUCAGCCACCAUGUCUUCAAAUUCAUCCGCAGUGAACUUGGUGAAGCCCCACUUCUUUGAAAUGUGGAUCUUCUGGCAGCCAGGGAACUUGAACUUGGCCCUGAGCAGGGAUUCAAUCACAUGCUCCUUAUUCUGCAGCUUGUUGCAGAUGGACAUGAUAACUUGGCCAAUGUGAACCCUGGCCACAGUGCCCUGGAGCUUUUCAAAGGCACCUCGAAUAUCUGCCUGGAGCCUACAUUGGCGUAGUGCAAGGUCAAAGACAUGAACAUACAUCUGAAAGGCCUGUCUCCAUGGUCUCUUAGAGCAGCCCAUACAAGAAACAGGCUGCAUAAACUAUCAAGGAAGCUGUUGUUUGCAGCUGAAGGGUCUUUGUGUGUUUUCCGUAUUUCUGGUCAUGCUAUUUAUUCUCUUACCAAAAAAAAAAAAAAAAGGUAAGGUCAGGCGUGGUGGCUCACCCCCUUGUAAUCCCAGCAGUUUUGGAGUCUGAGGUAGGAGGAUCGCUUAAGUCCAGGAGUUCCAGACCAGCCUGGGCAACGCAGAGCAACUUCGUCUCUAUGCCAUCUUGACGCGUGCCUGUAGUCCUAGCUACUCGGAGGCUGAGGCAAGAGGAUCGCUUGAACCCAAGAGACCGAGCCUGCAGUGAGCUGUGAAUGAGUCACUGAACUCCAGAUGACAGAGCAAGAGUUAGUCUCGAAAGAAAGAAAAAGGUAGAGCGACACUUAGUUCUUUGAUAGUUUUCCACUAUUUGUCAUAAAAACUUUCCAGGAUAUUGAGCUCCCAAAAUGGAAGGCCAAUAUCAGGCAUCAGGGACUUGUUCUGGACGUUGGACCAACCUUAAAGGGCCCACAUAGAAGCUGUUCACUUACUUUCUUUUAGUCUCUUGAUUUAAAAUACUUAACAUUCCCCUUUCCUUGGCUUUUUAACCACUGAGAUUUGAAAGACAUGCAAAUAACGACCUAGUGGACAAUCUUUGCUGAUGCUAAAUCUUCAUUUUAGGCUUAAAAGGUUUUGGGUUUUCUUAAAAUUUAAUGCUGAACUCAGAAGAGCUUUCUAAGGCUGUUGGUGCACCUUAGGGCAGGAGAGCGUCUUUGCUACGCCGCGCAGGAGUGUGUCUGCUUCUCUGUGCAUCUACACGUGUUUGCGUGUCCCUGUAAAGUGGGUUGAGUGUGCGGCUGCGGCUUUCCGCCCUUGGCUCACACUCUCAGUCUUAGUGGUCUCCCCCAGGGCUAUGCAUGGGGUACAGGUUUCUGUGGCCUCAGGCCGGGGUGAGGGGUCCCCCACCCCGGCCAGGGCGCAGCAGGGCGCGGCACACGUAGCCGUGCAGGGUCUCGCGCAGCCCGCGUCAGGACCCCGGGGCACGCGCUCGGGCAGGGGGCGUGUCCCCACCCCACCAGAAAAAGUGUUAUAGGCUUUUUUUUUUUUUUUUUUAAAGAAAGUGUUUUAGAAAGCAGGCAGAAGCCAAGACGUCAGGAAGGGUUGCGAGGGCCCAGGAUCCGGCGGCCACAGCGAUGGGAGGGGCGAGGAGAGAGGGGCGGGGUGGCACCUCCCACAACGCGCUCCCUGCGGGGCGGGCGGCAACCUCCAUGCGGCCUCGUCCACGCUCAGCACCGGGGAAGCCGAGGCGGAGAAGCCGCGCGCGCGUCAGAAGCUCCCGGACGCCCAGCGGCGGCGCGAGCGGCGGCGGCGGCGGCAGCGGCAGCAGCAGCAGCAGCACGGCCACCGGCGGGAGCGGCAGCAGCACCGGCAGCCCCGGCGGCGCGGCCUCGGCCCCGGCCCCGGCCCCGGCCGGCAUGUAUCGCUCCGGGGAGCGCCUGCUGGGCAGCCACGCGCUGCCCGCGGAGCAGCGGGACUUCCUGCCCCUAGAGACGACCAACAACAACAACAACCACCACCAGCCCGGGGCCUGGGCCCGCCGGGCGGGCUCCUCGGCGUCCUCGCCUCCCUCGGCGUCCUCGUCCCCGCACCCUUCGGCCGCCGUCCCCGCCGCCGAUCCAGCCGAUUCGGCCUCGGGCAGCAGCAACAAGAGGAAGCGCGACAACAAGGCCAGCACGUAUGGACUCAACUACAGCCUGCUGCAGCCCAGCGGAGGGCGGGCCGCGGGGGGCGGCCGAGCAGACGGCGGCGGGGUCGUGUACAGCGGGACCCCGUGGAAACGGAGGAACUACAACCAGGGAGUCGUGGGUCUGCAUGAAGAAAUCAGUGAUUUUUAUGAAUACAUGUCUCCAAGACCUGAGGAGGAGAAGAUGCGGAUGGAGGUGGUGAACAGGAUCGAGAGUGUAAUUAAGGAGCUCUGGCCCAGCGCUGACGUCCAGAUAUUUGGAAGUUUUAAAACUGGACUUUAUUUACCUACUAGUGACAUCGACCUAGUGGUGUUUGGGAAGUGGGAGAACCUACCCCUCUGGACUCUGGAAGAAGCUCUUCGGAAACACAAAGUCGCAGAUGAGGAUUCGGUGAAAGUUUUAGACAAAGCAACUGUACCUAUUAUUAAAUUAACAGAUUCUUUUACUGAAGUGAAAGUUGAUAUCAGCUUUAAUGUACAGAAUGGCGUGAGAGCAGCUGACCUCAUCAAAGAUUUUACCAAGAAAUAUCCUGUAUUGCCAUACUUGGUUUUAGUAUUGAAACAAUUCCUAUUGCAGAGGGACCUUAAUGAAGUAUUUACAGGUGGAAUUGGUUCUUAUAGUCUCUUUUUAAUGGCAGUCAGUUUCCUUCAGUUACAUCCCAGGGAAGAUGCUUGCAUCCCCAAUACAAACUAUGGUGUUCUCUUAAUAGAAUUUUUUGAAUUAUAUGGACGACACUUCAAUUAUUUAAAGACUGGCAUCCGGAUAAAGGAUGGUGGUUCAUAUGUGGCCAAAGAUGAAGUACAGAAAAAUAUGCUAGAUGGCUACAGGCCAUCAAUGCUUUAUAUCGAAGAUCCUUUACAACCAGGUAACGAUGUUGGAAGGAGUUCAUAUGGGGCCAUGCAAGUGAAGCAGGCCUUUGAUUAUGCCUACGUUGUUUUGAGUCAUGCUGUAUCACCAAUAGCAAAGUACUAUCCCAACAAUGAAACAGAAAGCAUACUAGGUAGAAUAAUUAGAGUAACAGAUGAAGUUGCCACAUAUAGAGAUUGGAUAUCAAAGCAGUGGGGCUUGAAGAAUAGACCUGAGCCUUCAUGCAAUGGAAAUGGUGUUACCUUGAUAGUAGAUACUCAGCAGUUAGAUAAAUGUAAUAAUAAUCUAUCUGAAGAAAAUGAAGCCCUUGGAAAAUGUAGAAGUAAAACCUCGGAAUCUCUUAGUAAACACUCUUCAAACUCUUCAUCAGGUCCAGUGUCGUCCUCUUCUGCCACACAGUCCAGCUCUAGUGAUGUAGAUUCCGAUGCAACACCAUGCAAAACCCCGAAACAGCUGCUUUGCCGUCCGUCCACUGGGAACCGAGUAGGGUCGCAAGAUGUAUCCUUGGAGUCCUCUCAGGCAGUUGGGAAAAUGCAAAGCACCCAAACCACUAACACAUCCAACAGCACCAACAAAUCUCAGCAUGGAUCAGCAAGGCUCUUUCGUUCUUCCAGCAAAGGCUUCCAAGGUACAACUCAAACAAGCCAUGGUUCCUUGAUGACAAACAAACAACAUCAAGGCAAAUCCAAUAAUCAGUAUUACCAUGGCAAAAAGAGGAAACACAAGAGGGACGCGCCCCUCUCAGACCUCUGUAGAUAGUCGGCGCUGCGCGGUGGACUGUCUUCUCUGUGCAAUGAUCUCAUGCUCAGGACAGUUGCGCAGGGACUCCUGGGAGAUAUUCAGGAGCCUCACACUGUUCAGACGUUGACUUAGCAACUGCGUUUUUUCCCAGCUCGCCACAGAAUGGAUCAUGAAGACUGACAACUGCAAAAAAAACAAAACAAAACAAAAAAAAAAGCAAGCAAAAAAGAGGGAAAAAAAAAGGCUGCUUAUUUGAUAAGUCAUAUGCUACAACAGGGUCAUUUUAAGAUUUAAAGCUUGAAUGUAAAAUAAAUAUAUUUCUCAUUGGCUUUAUGCAGAGUUAUAGGGAAUAGUAUUCAGUGUUGGUAGGGUGAUAGAAACAAAAAACAGUAUCAGAGGAUGAGGUGGGGAAGGAAAACAAAGGUAUCUGAUAGGAAGUCCAGAUUCCAAAGGGGAAAGUGAUCUGUGCAUGUUUUUUUUUAAAAUAUUUUUGCAUAUAUUUACCAUUUUAUUGUGUGUAUAUAUAGAAGACCAUAUAGGAAAUUGAUAUUUGUAAUAGUGGAUUUGUUAAUAAUACUUUUUACAUAACAUUACUGUUUAAAUUGUAAACAGAUUUUUUCUCAGGAUUAGUUUGAAAAAUAAUCUAAAUUGUCAUCUUAACAUCCAUAUAUAGGGAAGUGAUUAGUUCUAUUACUCAAUUUGUUUUUCUCAGCAUUGAAAUGACUUAAUAGAAGAACCCUUGUGUCCUGCUGCAAAAAUUUUUCCUCUCUAAAGAAAAGGUUUAUGGUGGCAAAUGAUGUUUAUUUUAUUUUGUAAAAAAAAAAAAAAAUGUACUAUGUACUUUUGUGUAAACACUGAAAAAUCUCUGGUCAUCUCCGAGAAUUAACUUGCAAGUGUUUUCUAUAGUGCUGUCGUCUUGGGCAAUGGGCAAUUACAUGACUUUGUGUUUGCUUCCUUUGCAGUCUUUUUUUUUUCCCCCCAUUUCUUCCUAAUAGGAAAAAAAAAAAAAAAAAAAAAAAGGCCACCCAUGUCUGGUCUCAUUCCUGUUGCAGUGAAACUUCGAGUUCCACAGACUUUGCAUGCUGGCUUCUCUAACCCUGUGUGCUGCGUGUGCCUGUUUCUCAUCUCUUAUUCUUUUUAAAAUUCAUGCUUAACUACUGUGGGAGAAUAACUGUAAACAGCUUUAAUUAAAUCAUACUUAUAAAAAACUAUUUUCUUAUAUUCCACUCUAUGCUUUUGGUAUUGUUGAUCUUUACAAAUUAAAUGGUCUUUGAUAAUGGAUCUAUUUUGUAUUGCCUUAUUAAGACCAAAUACUUCUUGUCAUCCCAUUCUUUAUCCUCUUCUUUCAUGGAAUUGUUAUCGUUAAUUAAAACUUUUUUAAACAUUGGCUUGUUUCAAUCAUACUGUAAAUUUUGGUUGUAGUCAGCUUUGAGUGCAAUGAGAUGUAUAAUUCUGUUAUCAUUACCUGUUGAGUUUGAAACUCAGUUGGGAAUAUUUAAUAUAAUAGAAUGUAAGUGACAUUUCUGAAAAUGCUUUCUUUCAGGGUGAAAGCUCUUAUGUUUAGCAUCAGUGUGUAUGGCUCUGUUAAAUGCAGCCAUUUCUGAGACGAGAUUCUUUUAUAUAUAUAUACAUAUAAAGUACUAUUGGCUUUUAGGAGUUUCUUUUAUAUACAUUUAUGAAAUACUGAAGACCAAUCAGACCAUUAAUGGACACUUAGUGUAACUUUUUAUAAAGAAAAUAAUGCUAAAGUAAGACCAAAACUGAUGUCAUCACUGAAAUUAACAAUUUUCAAUAUGUUCAUAUUUUAAUUCACAAUGGAAAAAUGUGUUCCAAAACUGGAAACUCAUAGUACUCGUGUAAACUGUGGAAGAUUUCAAAUGUGAUGUUAUUUUGACAAUGUUUUAAAUUUUAGAGUCACAUUUUAUUCUGAUCAGAAUUUUUAUUGAGAUGUUGAGCUUUUGUUUUUGAAACUAGUUUGUCAUAACAUUGUGCAUAAUCACAGUAUUUAUUUUCUAGGACAAUUGUGAAUGUGUAGACUUAUGUUUACUGCUAAGGGAACAAUUAUUUAUAAAAUAAUAUUAAAUCCAGUAUUAGCUGCCUAUUUCAGACACUUAAUACUUGCAGAGAUCUAUGUUACAUUUACCACACUGAAGUUUUUUUUGUUGUUUUUUGUUUGUUUUUAAAGAAUCACCCUCAUUGUUGAAAGUAAAUGUACUCUUAGGGUGCGAAUAUUAGUGUUCCAAUAAGCAUGUGAUUAUAUUAAGGUGGUGGUAGCGGGAAGAUAAUCUUGAUUCCAUUGGGAAUCUUAGGUUUUCGUAAAUUUAUUGGGAAAAUAGUUUUUCCUGUACUGCUGAAGUUUCUUUUUGGUAAACAGUAUCUUUCUAAAAGAAAAAAGCAUGAAGGAGAAAUUGAGGUGUGUAUACAUUUCCUCAAAUGACCAGCAUUGUAUUCGUGAAUACUGUGUAUCUUGCAGUGAACAGUGUGGAAGCUGUUCAUUUUUCAAUCUGAAGUAAAAUACUUUCAAGAACUUUUA